CAGGACAACUAUUUUUGUAUGGUAAUCCAGUAGUGAAGAAAAAUGUUACUUCGCCAUGUCAUUCCGACGAACAACGAUGUGGAAGAAAUCUAUAUUGUUAAGCAAGAAGAAGAUGCAAACGAGACUAAUGGAAAUCCUCUAGGGUCUGCUGGAGUAAGCCGACCUGGUGGCUUACUUCCAACUGCAUUGCUUGAAAACGAAGACAUCGAAGUUAAGGAUGAACCAUUAAGCAUUCAUGGUAGUGAAGAGGAAUACGACACCGACGAGCAGAAAUUCGAUCCUCCAACUCCUACGUUCCAUGCACUCCCUGUCGAAGUGAAGUUGGUGGAAGACCUCCCGAAAAAGCUUGAAGCUAUAAAAAAGGAACCAGCGGAAAUUUUGAACCUAACCCAAUCCUUGCAGCACCAUCAAAAACAACAUCUGGUGCCUGCGCAAUCCGUUACAUCUACAGUAAAAAGUGAAGAUGAUAAUUCAGAUUGGGUUCAAUAUGAAGAUGUUCCGCUUGCUAGACGACUAGCGAAGGAAAAAGCUAAGCGGCGGCGCAAGAGGAAAUUACCAGUCAAACACGAAGUGACGAAAUCGGAGUCAAGUGACAAUGGGGACUUCCAGGAUGACCAUGAUGACGACGAUUACAGGCCUUCAUUAGGGGACGUGAAAAAAGAAAAGAAAGAGCGGAAAAAACGUUCCAGAAAAAUGAAAUCAGAAACUGAUAAAAAUGCCAGUGAUGACACCGACGAAGAUGAUAUAUUAAAAUGUUUUAUUUGUGUCACAGAUUACAGUGAAUCGUGGGCAUUAAUAAAACAUAUGAGACAGGAACAUAAACAUAUGCUGCCGUUCAAGUGUAAUGUUUGUGCAUCACGUGAAAUCAAGAAGUUGAAAGAGUUAAAUUUACACUUUCGUCAGCACGACGAAUCUAGGAAACAUAAAUGUUUGUACUGUGCGGCACGAUUUCCUUCGGCACAAGGCCAGAGUAGUCAUAUGCGACGAAUGCACAGCGAAAAGUACAAUGCAGACAUGGAAAGGAAUCGUCGAUUCCUUUGUCGUUUUUGCGAUAAAAAGUUUACUAAGAAGCACGAUCUUGAAGUUCACGAGAAACGUCAUUUAAAAGCUCAAUCAAGCGAUGCUCAGUUUUUGAAACGAGAGUUGAAAUGUUACAUAUGUAAUGAUUUUGUAGGCAAAUCAAGAGAUGACCUAAACGUUCAUGUCGUUCAACAUAGCAAGGAAUGGCUUCCAUAUUACUGUCAGAAAUGUGACAAUAAAAAAAUUACAACUGUACGUGUACUAUGCGAACAUUUGCGCCAACACGAAGAGGGUUUGGCAAUUAAGUGUGUUUAUUGUGACGAGCGGUUUGUAACUUUAGCGGAUUGCCAGGCACACGAGCGAAGUCAUGCUGCUGAAAAGGAAGCAGACGAGAUUUUAGAUGCUAAGAUUAUAGCUGCGACACACAAUACAAACGUGGCUGUCGUCGAUGGUCUGAAACGCUUCCAGUGUGACAGAUGUGAUAGGACGUACACACUAUUUAGUAGCCUUCGAAAGCAUCAAAAUUUGCACACUAAAAGCAAUGCUUUUAUUUGUACUAAAUGUGGUAGAGCGUUCAUUAAAGCGUCUUCGUUGGCACUCCAUGAACGUCGAAAUCACGACGAAAAAGCCAAUUUCAACUGUGAAGGUUGUGGCAAAACAUUUCGGACAAUUGGUCAUUUAUUGGAUCACAGAACGCGAACUCAACAUUAUGCUGGUAGGCCUUAUAUAUGUGAAGGCUGCACAAAAACAUUCCGCUUACCAGAUGAGUUAAAAGAACACCAGAAAACGUGUUCUGAAACCGAGGCGAAUCGUCCAUGUUUCUGCGGACUAUGCAGUGAAAAUUUUCCUUCUCUGACUGUUGCAUUGCAGCAUGUCAAGGCAGAUCAUGAUCCGGAAAUUCCUGAAACAAAAUGUCGAUAUUGUGAUUUGACAUUUAGGGACGCUGAACGCAUUGUUGAGCACGAGUUUAGACAUACACUGCCAGGAAUAAUGGCUUGCACGAUGUGUAAUCGAAUUUUUAAACACCUCAAAAAUCUACAAUGUCAUAUGAAAAAUCACGGAAAGGUGGCCAUUCCUUUCAUGUGCGAUAUCUGCGGUAAAACAUUCACCCAGAAGGGUACACUCACUAUCCAUACCAGGCUACACACUGGUGAACGUCCGUAUACUUGCCAGCUUUGUCAAAAAGGAUUCGUAGACAAAAAUGAAAUGCGGCGUCAUUACAAUAUGCACUUUAAUCCCCAGAGCAAAUUGUAUAUACCGAAUGCAGAGCAAAUUGCUGCCCCGGUUGACAUAGGAGCACAAGGCAAAAAAUAUAAGCAAUACACUUGCAAGAUCUGCAGUCGUCAGCUGACCACUUCGACUGCAUUAGCCAAGCACAUUACAACACAUACAGGUGAGAAAAAGUAUCAGUGCGACUUUUGCGAAAAACGUUUCGCACAAGGUGGUCAACUGACAGUACACCGACGCAUCCACACUGGUGAGCGACCAUUUGCAUGCGAGAUUUGCGGGCAACGAUUUGUCGGAGGAAGCAAUUAUAAGCGACAUUGCAAGCAGGCACUUUGCAAAACUCCUCCUGUCGAUGUGGGUUUGCCUCUAUCAGCACCGGUUGCCGACGAGUCGGUUAGAGAAGAUGAGCAGAUUUUUCCAGUUGACUCGUAGAUGUAUGUUUACGGUGACCGUAUUCGUGUAUAAUUCAGAUGGGUUCAAAUGUGGACGCAGAAAUGUACUAUGAACGGAUAAUUCGACGGUAUUACUUUCUUGGGCGUCAGUUAUGAUUUUGGUUUGAGAUGCAGGAAUGCAAUGAAAAAUAUAGAUGCAUGUUCAUUUUACUCCUGCUGCAAUCCAAAUGCAUAUUCGUUUUUGUUUACUUUCUAAGAUUGCAUUGAUUUAGGAUGUUUUUCUAGCAACGUGUGUCUCUUAAGCAGAAUUAACAUAUUUGUCAUAUGGGUAUGUCUUUUAUUCGGAGAUAUAAACCAAUAGUAAUGUACAACUGUAAUA